CGGCAAUUUUAGUCUCAGUAAAAUACAAGUUUCAAUAAACUAGGGUACCUCAAUCACCCCUCAUUAUUUUUCAAAAAUUUUUAUAAUUUGGUUGAGAAAUAUGAAUGUAUAGGUUGCAUAAGAUUACAUUAUAUACAUAUUUUCAUAUUUGAGGAGCAGAUGGAAAGGAAAGGUACUAUAAUAACUGUAAGCAAAAUAUAUAAUAAAGCCAUCUAGCGGUGCCACUAAAUACAUACGCUGCGUACGCUUCUGCAUUUCUCGCGUAUGUGGGCAAAAACCCGUCCACCGUCCAAUAUCUCAUCAUUGGUAGUACAGUAUAUACUGUGAUAGUAUUGUGCGCAGCUUAAAAAGCUGAUAUUUGCGCAGCUCACUACAUGAUUUACUUUGUAUUUCAUUAGUCAUCCAUAAGGCUUUGGGUUAACAGUAAGAAUGACAUAUAUCACGCAAAAGACUCAUCUUAACAAUCGGACGAAAAGUGUUGAUUGUCAUCGUGGGUAGCACCCGGUAAAGAAAUGGCAAUUUCUAGUUGGAUGAUUUGGGGUAGAAGUCUUCGGACGAGCAGGUCUCACCGAAGCCGUCAAGAGAGUGAAGACAGUUGCGUGCAACUUGAUCUGUCAAGAGGAUUGAAAGAAAAUGUCAAGGAAGUAUUGACCAAUCUCUGUCAACGUCACAAUGUUCCAAGCAUUAAAAAAUUGGCAUACCUUAAUGCCAUUGUUAAGUUAAUUAGUGAAAAUGAUUCUCCAGAAUAUGGAUACAGUAUCAAUGACAUAUUUUGCUGCUUGCGAGUUGGUCUUGUCCAUGAAGCAACACAAGUUCGUGCUGCUGCUCUACGAGCUGUAAGAUAUAUGCUCAAAAAGGAACAGGAUGUUAUUGCAAUUAAUAAAUUACAAUAUCCAUACUUUGUGGCUCGUAGUAUGGAUGUUAAUUUACGAAAUGAAAUGGAAAGGAUGCAAGCUCUUAGACUUGUUAGAAGAAUUUUAGUAUUGGCACCAAAACAUUUUAGUCCUAUUUUAGCAAGAUCAUUAGUCAGUUUAACAAAUGGUGGAGUUGAAGAGAAAGAUGGAGCAUUUCGAGCAUUCUUAGCAACUCUUUGUGAGUUAGGUAUUUUAAAUUCAAAUUUGUUAAUUAGUUGUGGAGGUGUUGGUGCUCUUGCAAGAGCUGCCAUGACUGGACAAAGCCCUACAGUAAUUGAAUCUAUUGUGGGAGUUUUAUUAAAAUUAUUAAACACUCCUGAUACUAGGACUAGCGUUUCUCUUUUAUGUUUCGCGGCUCCUUAUUGCGAGCUUCAUUCAUCAAGUAUAGAUAGAACAAAAGAAGAACGAGAAAGAUUUGCAGCAAGUAAAUUAGCAUUGUUAAGUAUACUGAGGUCUUAUUCGGGAGUUUUACAUUUUUGUCGACCUGACGAUAAUUCAGGCUUGAAAGCUAUAGCAGACAUACUAUAUGUUGAACAACUUGAAGUAAGAGGUGCUGUCUUAGAAUUACUUUAUGAAUUGUUGAACUUACCUUUACCUACUUGGACGGAUGAACCUGAUGUUGCUCUUGCAGCAGUAGAUCCUAGUAGAGCACGUGAUUCAUGGAAAUUGUCAGAAGGCUUCGUCGCAGCCGAAGGAAAAUAUAUUCUACCAUCGUUAUCAUCACGCUGUCCAAAUAUUACAGAAAUACAUUUAGCAUUAUUGGUUUACGCUUUACUAGAAUGUGGUUUACAUCGUGCUUUGGCAGAAACUAUUGUUUCUACCGACACGUUUAUUUCUUUACGUGCAGCUGUCCUUCUAGGUGCAUUACUGCAUCUUGCACAUUCUCUUCUACCUUCCGAGGUAUGUGAUCUUACUCCUCCUCUACCAAAUUUAUUGGAACAUGCAAGUGCCGGAAAACAUCAAGCUUUAGCAGCUGUUACAAUUUUGGAACGGAUGCAUACAAUGAUGCGUCGAAGACCAGCACCUGCAAGUUUAUUUCUUGACAAGCUUUUACAAGCAGGUACUUGGUUAAGGCCAACGUUACCAAGACGUCAACGAACAUCUAACAGACACUGGUUACGCAGAGAAUCACCAACCACACCAUUUCUCAAGGACGCUCAAGUACUCAGUUCUAAAGAUGCUCUUGCUUGGAAUUGGCCGGUAGUGCGAUCUAUUUUACGCUCGCGCGAAGAUACCAUGCGAAUACUUCACGAUUCUGAUCACAGAUUGUUUAUGAAAAGGCUUGUACGUUAUUUUAAGCCAUGUUCAAACGCAUAUAGCAGAGUGGAAUUAGCAACAAACGCUAAUUUAGCAAGAGAAGCAACAUUAGCUGGUUGUGAUUUAUUAAAUUGUUUGCUAGAACUUCACGAACCUGAGGGUACAAAAUUAUUAAAUGAAUUAAUUGGAGACGUCGCUGAACAAAUAUCUAGCAUACGAACAGCUCAAUCCGCUCACGAGUGUUUGUUCUCUCCUCGUCACAUGUCCACUACUUGUUGUCAGAAGUAUUUUCUGUUUCUUGGACAAUUGAGCCAUUCAGCCAAAGGGACUGUGAUUCUAAAAGGAUUUAAUUUAUUAGAAAAGUUGCAAGACUUGGCUUUAGCUACUAAUCAUGACUGUUACGUUAAACUCAUAGUUUCAAGUUUAGAUUAUACUAGGGAUGGACCUAAUAGAAAAGUAUUAACUAAAAUUAUUACGGAAGCGACAUUAGACAGUACACGUCUAUAUGCUACACAGUUCCUUAGAUUAAUACUCAGAGCCAGAAUGGUUGAUGCUUAUCGCUGGGCAAUAGCAUUACUGUUGGAUCGGUUAUCAGAUUCCAAUAAAACUGUAGCACUGACUGCUUUGGAAGCGUUACACGAAGCUUGCGAAGAACCAGAAUAUUUAGAGGCUAUGUUGCAACAAGGAAGUCAAACUCGAGAUUGGGAUAAGUGGUUGGAAGAGUUAGGUGAUAAAGGAUAUUUGUUAAAAAUUAGACUUUACUCUAUUCAUCAGGGUUUUACAACAAUUUCGUCUCCCGCUGAAGAAUUGGAGAAAUGGAUCUGUCCAGGAGGUUUUGCCGAGAGAUAUGUUGGUUUAAUAGAAGGAGAGAUACAUGACUCUUUAACUCGUCGUCAAAGAGAUGAAACUGGAAGCUACCACAGAAGAACAACUAACGUUCCUAUAACGCCUCACAAUGUGUUUAUUUUACCACAUUUGUUAGGUCAAUUGGCGCAACACGACUUAGGCAUGCAAUUGUUGUUGCGUCGAAACGUGAUACAACGCUUUGCAAGAGUCAUUCAACGGUUUAAAAUGGAGUUCGGUGGUAGAGAUUCGGAGUCAAAUUCAAGGUGUACCAAAACAAAUCGCUCUGUCAUCGAUGACGUUUACGCCAUGUCAGAAGAAUCCGGCACCGACGAAACGGUAGAAUCGAAUAAAUUGGAGACAAUAAUGGAUGCUGAAACUAUAGAGGGCAUGGACACAUAUAGUACGCAAAAAGUUGAUUCUUUAGUUGAUAUUCGCCGAAAAACAAGUUUGGAUGAUUCCAGACGUACUACUCCAGAAAGGAGUUGGAGAUUAGAGACUGAAUCUCGAGAUGAUCAAGCUACAAGUUUAAAUAAAAGGAUUUUAAAAGUAAAGUCUGCAUUAUGGGUGCUGGGUCAUGUGGGAUCUUCGGCAACAGGCGUUGAACAAUUGAACCAUUUAGGAAUUUUAGAAUUAAUAACUUCCAUAGCAGAAACAUGUCCGUAUUACGUGGUGCGAGCAACGGCUAUGUAUGCCCUAAGUCUUAUUGGUACCACCCGUGCAGGUGCAGAUGCAUUAUUAAUUUUUGACUGGCCAUGCGUUAGACAUAGACGCGGAGAUCAUUGGCCAGUCGUUCCUCCUACAAGUAGGUGUCCAGCCCCCAGUCCUGUUCCUAUACAACGACAUCAUCGGAGUCUCAGCGAUGGCAAACCAGAAUUACCUGAACCGGUAGCUCGAAGAACCAGAAACCGAUCUGAAAGUGCAGCUACAGAUCUCGAAGCUAGGCGUUAUGCUCUACUAGAAAGAGGAGAAACGCCAAGCCCUGUAUCAAGUAUUCAAAGAUUAAGCCAACAAGAUGCUGAGGGAUAUGCAAGAAUUCGUAUUUUACAGCGCCAUCGAAGACCUAGUUAUUCCCAUAGCAGCUUAGAGAUGUAUAGUUUAGAUGGUCGACUUUCAUUGCAAAGUUUAUCAGAAUUUGAUUCAUCUCGUAGUUGGAUCGGGGAACAACAUUUACUCACUUCAACACCUCCACCCCCUGAAGAUAAUAAUGAUAAUUUAUUUUACAUGGGUAUAGCCCUUCCAAAGAGACUUAUUACUAUUUUUCCGGAAUUACCACAGUCGUCGGUUCCAACCAUAACAGACGAUGCGCCAAAGUCUGAUAUAGAAACGACGGAAGUAGAUGAAGAAUCCUGUUCAGAAUCCGACGUAGACUCAGAGCAUUAUCGCAUUUGUUUAAUAUGUCAACCUGGUAAAAGCAGCAAAGAUUCGCUUUCAGAACAAGACGCAAAACUGCAGAGGAAAAUACUUAGGCAUGCACAACGGUUAGCAAACCCUAUAUGGUACCGACAUAGUCGACAAACUUUGCUUAGAUUAAGACAAUUGCAUUCAGAGAAGUUUCAGGAUACUUGUUUAUUUUCAGAUGUAGCUGCUCGUUUAGGUAGUGGUACAUAUAGAAUGCCAGCACGGCGAUUUUUACAAGAACUAUUUCUAGAUUCUACGUUUGAUGCCCUUUAUGUAGAAGCAGCUAAUGUUCUAAAAGUACACGAUGACAAUGACGAUAAAUCAUUGCAAUCACCCGUUUCUGCGGCACUUGAAUCCAAUUCCCAUGUGCCUUCGGAAAUUAAAAUCAAUGGAAGACUUACGUUUUCUGAGAUUCAAGUAACACAACUGGAUGCAGUUGCUGAGGAGGCAGCAAGUGAAUCUUGCGUGACAAAACAAUACAAUAAAAAAACACAAGAGUUCUCGUGUAAACAAGAACGUCAAAGUGAUGAAAAAAUUAUUGCCGAAAUUUUAAAACCGGAAGAAAGAUUACGCCUGUCAAAGAGUUCCGACAGAUUGUUAAAAGUAUCAGGUACAAACACUGCCAUCAGCCUUGAUUAGUCCUCGACUUUCAAGUAAUUGUAAAUAUUUUGUAUUAAAAUAAUAACGAAGUAUGGAAUAAAUUACACUGCCCAAAUCGAAUAA